AUGGCAUACCAGUGUCAGAAGGUGCAGAAGGUGAUGGUGCAGCCCAUCAAUCUCAUCUUCAGAUACUUGCAAAAUAGAUCUCGGAUUCAGGUGUGGCUUUAUGAGCAAGUGAAUAUGCAGAUAGAGGGCUAUCAUUCUAAAACAAAAUCAAGAAAAUAACUGGGUCAGAUUAUGCUAAAAGGAGAUACCAUUACUCUGCUCCAAAGUGUCUCCAACUAG